AUGGCCUUCCCCAUCCUGACCACAGAGGAUCUGGGCGCCCUAUCAGUAGUGCGGCGAGAGCAACUCUUCCAGUACAAAGUCGACACUUUUUCCAGACUACCUGACGAGAUCCUCCUCCUCAUCCUGUCCCAGGUCAUCACGGGAUGCAUCUCUUUAUACCAGGGAGGCAGCCGCCACCUUCUACGCAGCGCCGCAUAUGUCAGACGAGUGUGUCGUCGAUUCCGGGCCCUGGCCGAUCAAUUGAUGUUCAAUACUCCCCUCCAGCAGAUCCUGCUCAUAGGUCCUAUUUUCGGCGACUUCAGACAGAUGACUUCCAUAUAUGAAGAAUAUCGGAAUAUCCUUUGGACGAGACUAUCCAGGGGGAGCCCCGGUCACAUUUCAUUAAGGACGACUGUACACUUCCUUCCAUGCCUUGACACGAGUGAUUCUGUGAACUGGUUUCGCGACAACAGCCUGGCGGAAGAGUUGAACGACGAGCUUGCGCCGCAGAGAGCCAUAACAGGACACUACGCUGCAGCACUUGUCCUUUCCCGGAUCCUACAGGAGGUCAUCGACAGACAGUAUGGAAAAGACGGCAAAAAGUCCCUCUUUUUAGUGUUUCACGAGAUCGACAUGACAUAUUUUCGGGGGGAUCAGUAUUUUCAGGAGAGACACUGCCAUCCAGAGUUCAUGCCUUUCUGGGACUCAAAGGGCAUGCAGUUAAUCCUGAGGGAAUGGGGAUGGAUCUUCCAGCCCCCUUGCAAGAAAAAUUAUCACCACAUCCAAAUCAUCCUCCCGAAUGUCGCCUGGGCGACCAGUGCCAACCCCCGAAAUGAAUUAGAAGCUGGUAAUUUGUGCGUUGCCGACCUCCGCCGGGCUUUUGAACAAGAAAAUGAUUCGAUAUGGGGGGAGAUGGGACUUUUACUUCCUCCUGAAAACCAGUUUCAAAGGGAAAAUAUGAUUUGGCUACCUGGGUUCUCGUUUCCCGUCGUCAUUCCCAAAGACUCACUGUAUGCAAAGUGGCUCGGACCGUUGGCUCAGGAAGCUGCGGAGAUCUUCUGCUUCACAGUUCGAGGGCUGACUGUAGGCGUGGACAUUGAUGGCGAGAUAUCUGUUCUGAAGCGGACGUGGCAGCCGCCCUCAGAGCCUGUUGAGUCUUCGUCCGAUCCAGACACCGAUGUUGCAAAUACAGAGAAGGCACGUCAGCACCAAGCUGUGUCAUUGAAAAGGUCAGAGCGAAUACCAGCAUUGGGGAAUUGACGGAGACAAUCCUACGAUUUCAAUACUCAGUGCUUGUUUCUACACAUGCUACAAGAGGGCUGGGAUAAAAGAUGGAUAGAAGAGAGGAAGAGGGGAACAGGAAAGCUUCGAAAUGAUUGCUCUGGGGGACAUAAUAGAAACGCAUACGAAGCGAGAACGGCGAGAGGGUAUCACUGUUCCAAGGCGAUUGAGUUGCAAUAUGCCGACUGGGGACGGGCAGCUAUCCUCUUCGGCAGACACAACAGUACCAAAAAUCGGCAUGAUGCGCGACGGCGCCCGGCCAGCGAAAUGCCUCAACCCCUCCAACCCCGAAGAACAAGGUCGCUGGUGAUGCUGGUUUUGGGUUUGUU